UAAAGAGUUUUUUUAUUUAGAUAGAACUAAAAAUUUAUUCAAUUUUGAGUAAUGUUGACGUGAGUUUGUGCAAAGAGAAUGAGGUUAAACUUUGCUGUUGGUUUUAUGCUCAUUACCGCAGUAAUCGCUCAAGAACCAGAGAGCGUAGAUUGGAAUGCAACACCACCAAUUCCAACUCAGCCGAGAACAUCUCAACCGAACAGUGAGCCGAAUACUCGGACCGAGGCAUCUACAGCAGCAAGUGUGGCACCUUCUGUGGUUUCAAUUCCAGAAAACAUCAAUUAUGUAACUGAGCCACCGUACAACUAUGCUGAAGCUUUAGCGAAGAGCAUGUUGUUUUAUGAAGCACAAAGGUCCGGGAGUCUACCGCCUAACCAACGAGUAAGAUGGCGCGGAAACUCUGCAAUGAACGAUGGCAGUGAUAAUAACAUUGAUCUUUCUGGAGGAUAUUAUGACGGCGCUGGUUAUAUAAAAUACAAUUUUCCAAUGGCGUUCUCUUCUACUUUGAUAUCAUGGAGUGUGAUCCGCUACGGAAGAACUUACAGGGCUUUGGGUCAAUACAAUCAUGCACUUGAUACAAUCAAGUGGGCCACCGAUUACUUCAUAAAAUGUCACCCAGAACCCAAUUUGUUCUACGGCCAGGUCAGUGAUAAAAGUGCAGACUCCCAAUUUUUCGGUCGACCAGAAGAUAUGACUUAUCAAAGACGAUCGUACAAAAUAGAUUUCACCCAACCAGGAACGGACUUAGCUGCUGAAGCUGCGGCCGCCAUGGCGUCAGCUGCUAUCGUUUACAAAACAGUAAAUCCCAGUUAUUCCAACACUCUUCAACAGCACGCAGUGGAGUUGUAUAAUUUUGCUACAACUGCGCCCCGUCGUCCAUAUAGCAGAUCAAUACGGCACGCCGCACAAGCUUACGGAACUGAAGCCAGCAGUUAUAAAGAUGAACUUGCAUGGGCGGCUCUCUGGCUUUAUAAGCUUACACGAUUGCCAGUUUACUUAAAUGACGCGAAACGAAUUGUAAACCUUUUGGACGAAUCAAGAAGGAGACCUCUACUUAACGUGGUCACCGAGUUUUCAUGGAAUGUCAAAACAGCGGGUGUUCAGUUACUGUUAUCGGAAAUGACAAAUACCCGAAGAUUUAAAGCAGCAUUUAAAUUGUUUUGUACACAUGCCCAGCCAGAGCAAAGCUCAAAUUUGCUAUCGAGGUCGGAUUACACGAAUAGAGGGUUGCUAUACGUAAACCAAUGGGGUCCGCUUCGUUAUGCUGCAAAUACUGCGUUUAUUUGCGCAAUGGCUGCGGAUAAUAAUGUGGAUACGGAACGCAACAGAGUUCUCGCACAAAACCAGUUGAAUUACAUUCUCGGAUCAAAUGGCAGGAGUUUCGUGGUUGGCUUUGGAACUAACCCCCCAACAAAAGUUUUUCAUCAAUCUAGUUACUGUCCGCCACCACCCGCAGCUUGCAACCGUUUUGAUGCGGAAACACCGAACGCGCAUAUUCUCUACGGGGCUCUGGUAGGUGGACCAAGUGAAAGUGACAGUUUUAUGAAUCAACGAAUGAACCAGAAGCAGAGCAGUGUCACACUUGAUUACAAUGCAGGAUACCAAGCCACACUAGCUGCUGUGCUGGAUUUGUAUAUUUUCGGAGAAGGUAAUCGACCGGAUCAAGAUGGGACCGUUUCUGUAGUGUCAACGACAACAACAGCAACAACAACAGCCGCAACAGUUUCCGCGGUUUCUUCACAGCUUAAUAGUUUCAAUCUAAGCGAAGUUUUAAAUAAAUCCUUGCUGUUUUAUGAAGCUCAGAGAUCGGGAGUUCUCCCAUAUGAUAAUCGAAUAUCAUGGAGGGGCGAUUCCCUUAUUAGCGAUGGUAUGCCAAACUUUAACAUGACAGGGGGUUAUUACGACGGGGUAAGCAACGUCAAGUUUCAUUUUCCCAUGGCCUUUUCUAUGACGAUGCUGGCGUGGGGAAUCAUCGAAUUCAAAGAUGCAUACGAAGCUGCUGGACAAUACGAUUACGCUUUGGAUGCAUUAAAAUGGGGAACAGAUUACAUUGAAAAAAUGAUUAUAAACAGGACAAUUGUUGGGCAAGUUGGCGAUCCUUCAACAGAUGGCCGUUUGUGGGAACGACCGGAAGAACUAUCCGCAACCAGACCAGUUUACACUCUUAGUGGCAAUCUUCGUGGAACUGAUCUUGCGGCAGAAAUUUCAGCAGCUCUUGCCGCCGCUUCAAUUGCAUUCGAACCAAAAGAUGCUGCUCUUUCAUCGCGGCUUUUUAAUAAGGCAAGACAUGUGUACCACGAUAUUGCUCGACAAACUCCUUACGUUAAAUAUUCAAGUUCUAUCCUGUCAGGACCGAACUACUACCCUUCUUCUGGAUAUGAGGACGAAUUGGAAUGGGCUGCUAUAUGGUUUUAUAAAAAAACAAAGAGACCGAUCUACAAAAACAGAGCAAAGGCACAUUACAUGGCCCAUUCAAGAGAAUUUUCAUGGGACGUAAAAUCGGCUGCAGUACAGCUGCUUGUCGAUGAGUCAGAACGGCAAUCGCUUUAUCCACGAGUAGCAACGUAUUGUAAUUGGCUUUUGAACGACGCUGAUAAAACUCCAGAUGGUCUACUAAUUUUGCACGAACGUUACCCAGCAAAAUAUGCAGCAAAUGCUGCAUUUCUUUUGAUGCUCGCCUACAGAAAGUUCCCAAAUGCCCAAAAUGCCAAGGGCUGGAGAGAUGCAGGAAUAAGGCAGAUUAGCUACCUCCUUGGUGGUAAUAAGAAGAGACAAAGUUUCGUUGUUGGUUUUGGAAGAAUAUCACCCACACAACCCUUGCAUAAGGGAAGCUCGUGUCCUCUACCACCCAAUCGAUGUGGCCAUACUUUUAAAAAUAGAGAUCAACCAAAUCCAAACAUUUUAUAUGGAGCAUUAGUUGGGGGCCCAACUCCCUUAGACGACUUUAGCGAUCUGAGAACAGAAGAAGAACAGAGUCGAGUCUCCCUAGAUGCAAAUGCUGGAUUUCAAGCAGCAGUUGCUGGAAUAAUUCACCUUAAACUCAACCAAUUACUCAGCAGUGGUUGUAUAACAACAGUGUCCGUACAACUAGUUUUUCUUUCAUUCUUUUUUACAUACUUCAUAACUCACAUACUUCGUUUUGAUUAAUGCAAGUCCUUCCGCCGUCUUUUUGCUUGGAUCGCACGCCGUUCGUAAUAUUAAUUCGCGUCAAAUACAAAUGUAGCAGUUAA